AUGUCCAUGUCUGUACCCCUUGUGUUCCUUCUUCAGGUGGAAUGGCUCCAACAGCAAGUGGUCCACAGAAGAGUGAAAAGCAACUCCAGAGCCGGUCCGAUCUCUGACAUCCCCACUGCUCAUCCUCUCUCUAACCGCACGCAGACUCUUCCCUAUAACAAUUCAUUGUGGAACAGCCCCUGGUACAUCCACUGCAGCGACGAGUCCAAAGGCUGCCAGUCGUGUAUGAACAUCGCGGGGGCCUGGAGGAGAGGGUACACCGGGAAGGGUGUGGUGGUGUCUGUCCUCGAUGAUGGCAUUGAGCGGGAGCAUCCGGAUCUGAAGCCAAAUUAUGAUCCUCUGGCCAGUUAUGAUGUGAACGGACAAGACGAAGAAGACCCUCCUCCGAGUACUUCCAACUACCACGGGACACAGUGUGCGGGGAUCGUUGCCGCGGCUGCAAAUAACUCCCAUUGCACGGUGGGGGUCUCUUUCCGAGCGCGGAUAGGGGGCAUCCGUAUGCUGGAUGGCGAUGUGACGGACAUUGUGGAGGCCCAAUCACUGAGUUUCAGACCACAGCAUAUUGAUAUCUACCUGGCGAGCUGGGGGCCAGAAGACGACGGGGCCACUCUGGAGGGACCCGGACCCCUCACUCGUCUCGCUUUGCAGAAUGGCAUCAAAACAGGCCGGCACGGGAGGGGCUCUGUUUUCGUCUGGGCGUCGGGGUACGGCGGACGGAGAGGGGACCACUGCUCCUGCGACGGCUACAGCGGCAGCGUCUACACCGUCUCCAUCGGCGGCAGCACUCGGCGCGGCAGCGCGCCAGAUUACCUGGAGCGCUGCUCCUCCACGCUGGCGACAGCUUACACCGGGGGGGAGGCGGGGGAAACGGUCACGCUGGGUCCGCAGCAGAGCUGCAGCCGCGCUGCCUCGGAGACCUCACUCUCCUCCUCCGUAGCUGCAGGCGUCAUCGCUCUGACGUUGGAAGCCAACCCGUUGCUAACCUGGAGGGACGUGCAGCACAUUAUUGUCCGGACAUCAAAAUCUCAUCAUCUUCUCGCUCCCGACUGGAGCGUCAAUGGAGCCGGAUUCAAAGUGAGCCAUCUCUAUGGCUUUGGCCUGCUGGAUGCUGAGCGCAUGGUGAAGGAGGCCGAGCGUUGGAAACCAGUCCCCGCGCAGCACCAGUGUGUGGAGGAGGCUCCCAUCCAGCUGAGCAGAACUAUUCAUCCGGGCUCGCCGCUGACGUCCGUGUUCGAGAGCACGGGCUGCUCCGGCGAGCCGCGGAGGCGCGUCGUCUACGUGGAGCACGUCGUCGUCCGCGUCGCCAUCGAUCACGGUCGCCGCGGCGACCUUUCCAUCACUCUCGCGUCGCCUUCGGGCACCGUGUCGCAGUUGCUCGCCAACAGGCCUCAUGACGACUCCCACGAGGGAUUUCCAAACUGGGAAUUCAUGACGACUCACAGCUGGGGGGAGCAGGCAGCGGGGGAAUGGACUUUGAAAAUCCAGGAUACUUCCUCUCAGAAGAGAGACACCGCUGAACUAGGGACGCUAAAGGAGUGCUCCCUGCUGAUUUACGGCACUGCCGGCCGGCCGUAUCCCAGGCAUGGUGAGCGGGGAGCCAGGUCGGCUGAGAUGCUGAUGGACAGUGACCUCAUUGAAGAAUACAGAGGACCGUGCGACCCGGAAUGCAGUGACGAUGGAUGUGAGGGGCCCGGCCCCCAGCGGUGUGUCACGUGCUUACACUUUGUUCUCAAGUUCAAGGAUAGCGCAAGGACGUGUGUGUCAGGGUGCCCAAGGGGAUUCUGGGGGGACCGCCGGCGUUGUAAGAGGUGCUACUCGUCCUGCGUGAGCUGCACUGGGAGUCACAGUGACCAGUGCACCUCCUGUCAGCCCGGUCACCACCCGACCGAGGGGACCAACACCUGCACGGCCGCCUGCGGGGACGACUACUACCUCGACCACGAUGCCAAGAUGUGCAGGAAGUGCAGUGAGAGCUGCGUGAGGUGCGCCUCCUCCAGCGUCUGCAAGGAAUGCAAACCAGGAACAAGUCUGCAGGGGAAUCGGUGCCAGCGGAGCUGCGCGGCGGGAUUCUACCACGACAAGCAGGAAGGCGCAUGCGAGCCCUGCCAUGAGGCCUGCGCUACCUGUGCAGGUGCAGGUGUUGCGGCGUGCAACGGGUGUGCAGAGGGCUUCCUGGUGGAGGAGUGGAGGUGUGUGUCCUCCUGCAGUGCUGGCUUCUACGCCACAGAGCCAAGUCCAGAGCUGGCUGAUGGGCACCGGCUUUGUAGGAGGUGCGACGCCAGCUGCCUCACCUGCGCCGGGCCGAGCCGCGGGAACUGCAGCAGCUGUUCCAGCGGUCACCGCCUGCAGGAGGGCGCGUGUGCGGUUAGCUCCGUGUGCACAGGCGGAGAAUACCAGGACGGAGACUGGAAGUGCCGCGCGUGUGAUGCCACGUGUCUGAAGUGCACCGGACCGCAGAGAGAAGACUGCAUCAGCUGCGUGUCUUCACGGGCUCUAGAUGUCGGCCGCUGCGUGGUGCAGUGUGCAAAGGGCAAGUACAAGUCGGGUGGCCAGUGUCACCUGUGUGACCACACCUGUGCCACCUGUGUGGACGCGAGGCCUGACAACUGCACCGGCUGUGACACAGAUAAGUUUGAAGUGGAGCGAUACCUGCACGGAGGCCUGUGUCUGGACGCCUGUCCCGAGGCCUUCUACCACAGCGAGGAGCGGCGCUGUGAGCCGUGCUCGGACCGCUGCCGGUUCUGCACCGGCCCGACUCGCUGCCUCCAGUGCAACGCCUCCUACCUCUCUCACGGCGUGUGCGUGAAGCUGGAGUGUGGAGAAGGGGAGGUGGAGGAUCCAGACUACGACGACUGCAUGGCGUGUGAGGAGGGAUGCAGGAAGUGCGUCUUGUAUAACCCCAAGCAUUGCCUCUCCUGCACUGAGGGCUUUUACAAUUUUCAGGACGGCUGCUUCAAAAACUGCCCGGCGAAGACGUACAGCGUGGCAGAGGAGAUGACCUGCGUUCCAUGUGAUGACAACUGCGUGAGCUGUGAUGAACAUGAGUGCUACUGGUGUGAGACCGACCUCUUCCUGUCAGAUGGGAGAUGUGUUUCGACGUGUCCUGUCGGUUUCUAUGGUUACGAAGACACCAACGACUGUGAGCGUUGUCACUCGGACUGUGUGACGUGCGGCGGCCCGGAGCACGACGACUGCCUGUCGUGUGAGGAAGACGAGCUGCUGGAGAACGGAGAGUGUGUAUCGGACCACGAGGCGUGCCCCCUGAAGACCUUUCUCAGCGAUGACGGAGAGUGUGAGAACUGCCACCCGUCGUGUGCGUCCUGCUCCGGAGACGAGGAGAACCAGUGUGCGACGUGUGCAACAGGGCGGUUUCUGACCGCACAGCGAACAUGCGUGUCCAAGUGUCCGGGCGGUGCGUACGGCGGCCGGCUGAGCGGCGUGUGUGACGCCUGCCCUCCAGGCUGCUUGCAGUGUGUGGACGCUCAGCUCUGCACGCGCUGCCACAGCUCUCGCAGAGCGCCCUUAUUCCUGCAGGCCGGACAGUGCGUCCAACAAUGUGUCAGGGGUUACCCCGCAGGCCAGCUGUGUCGGAGCUGUGCGCCCGGCUGCGCCUCCUGUGGGAAGAACGCCACCCACUGCCUCGGCUGUGAAGGACCUCUCCUCCUCCACCAGCACCAGUGUGUGGAGGCGUGUCCUCCGGGGCACACUCUGCACGACGGAGAGUGCCAACGCUGCCCCCCCGCCUGCCAGGAGUGCAACCCUCAGGGGCCGUGCACAGGCUGUGAGGAGCAUCACUUCCUCCACGAGGGAGCGUGUGUGUCCGACUGUCCCGAGAGCUUCUUCGAGGACGGGGAGCAGAGGGCGUGUCCGCGCUGCCACCCCGACUGCGCGCUGUGCGACGGCCCGAACUCCGACGACUGCGACGCCUGCAAGGACCCCGAGGCCACGCUGCACAUGGGCGCCUGCCCCGCCGCCUGCCCCGCCCACGCGUACAGAGACGCCAUCACGGGGGAAUGUAAAGACUGCGAUGCGUCUUGCCUCACCUGCUCCCCCACGGGCUCCUGCACCAGCUGCAGAGAGGGUCAGAGGUCGGAGGGCCACGGCCGCUGUGCGCCGCCACCCAGCAGCUGCGCCCCUCAUCAGUACGCAGACCAGGACGGGGAAUGCCACGCGUGCCACAAGCAUUGCCACCGGUGUUCAGGCCCCGGCAGAACCCACUGCCUGAGCUGCAACCAGAGGCAUCUCCUGCUCAACGCCACCUGUGUGGACGAAUGUCCGACGGGCUCCUACGCCGAGUCGGGCCAGCGGUGUUCGCCGUGCCAUCCGUCCUGCCAGUCCUGCGUCGGGGGGCUCAGCUGCGAGUGCCUCGCCUGUAACAUCCACUUAUUUCGAGAGGGCAAGGAGUGCGUGGAGACGUGCCAGCACAGUCGCUACGGCAACACCGGCUCGAGGACGUGCGAGAAGUGUGACCCGAGCUGCGGGGAGUGCGUCGGCGGCGAGGAGGACGGCUGCCUGAGCUGCGCUCCGGGUCUCCUCUACCUGCGGAGAGAAGGCCGGUGCCUCCCCUCGUGCCCUCGGGGGCACUACCACGACACGGCACACCGGACCUGCGACGGCUGCCACGCCAGCUGCAGAGCGUGCUCAGGAAGGGACUCCCAGUCCUGUGUCUCGUGCCACCCUGGGUACCAGCUCUCAGGGGGCGUGUGCGAGUCCACGUGCGACGUGGGCCGGUUUCCCGUGAUGCAGGAUUCAGGCCACGCCUGUGAGGACUGUGACGGAUCCUGCAUGGAGUGUCGCGGGCCGGGUCCGGCCAACUGCACCAUGUGUCCUCCUCGGGCCAUCUUAGAGGCCGGAGGACGCUGCCUGCUUUGCUGCCGCCGUGAGGAGGAGGAGGAAGAGGAGGAGAAGGCCACAACGCAGCAGGACUGUUGCAACUGCACCGAGACUCGAGGAGAGUGCAUCCUGAGCACAAACUUGGCAUUCAGAAAUGAAGAGGAAGAGGAGGCCAGGGGCAAUAUGACAAUCUUCAUCAUCGCCUGCGUACUGUUGGUGCUGGUACUGGUGGCCGUGUUCUUCAUCAUCCGGCACACGCGCUCCAAGAGGGCGCCGCCGGACAUCACGCCGCGCGGCUACGAGAAGCUGGGCUCCAGAAGCGGCUACAGCUCCGCCUCUUCGGCGUCGCACAGCGGUGCCGGAGGUCGCGUCCAGGAGGCGCAGUUGGUGGACAUGACUGGACGCCGCUCGGGGAGUAAGGUUCAUGACGAAGACGCAGACGACGACGACGAGGACAUUGUUUACAUGGGCCAGGACGGCACCGUCUACAGGAAGUUCCGGUACGGACAGCUGGAAGACGACAACGACGACGAGUUUGAGUACGACGACGAGAGCUACACGUUCCGGUGAAGUAUGAGAAUUCCUCCUCUUCCUCUUCAUGUUUCUGUCCUCCUGAGGGACAGACCCAUUCAUCCUUCUGUGAUGAGAGUUGAACCCAAUGAGACGCGAGAAGAUAUUUAUAAUGAGCUGCAUUUUACUGCUAUUCAUUCACAACAUGAUCUAUUUCUGCAUUCUUAUGGACUUCUUCAAUUAACUAAGCUUGAUUUUUCUGGACUUUGUUUAGAGUCAUGGCAUAUAUCACAAACAUGAUCAUGGACAUUUACUAGUUUUGAGCGUUUAAUUAAUCAUAUUAUUCAUUCAUUUUUAAUUGUUGUGGUGUUGAAGUUUCAUUUUUAAUGUGACUCAUGGUAUUUAUUUAGCUUUUCUAUAUUCCCAUACGUUUGCUUUUCAAUUUGAAAAAUGUGUUCUGUUCAAAUAAAGUCUUGAAACCA